AUGAAGAGCCUCACUCUACCCACCCUGCUCCUGCUCUUCAGCAAAUUGAGCACAGCAGCCGACCUCCAAGAUGAGCCUCAACUCUUCUCAAAUGUCUCUGUCCUCCACCUGGCUUCCGAAAGAAUCCUCUCAACUCGAGACCUAGGACUCGGGUCUGACUUGAAUAUCCUCAACAACCGUGCUUACGAAUGCCGCGCCGGCUACAGCGAAUGCCCUAACGACACAUCAAAAUGCUGCAAAACCGGAAAAUCAUGCUGCAGCGGCACCAACUACUGCGCUGAUCCAGGAGAAACCUGUUGCUCAGACUACGGGACCUGUCCUAGCGGAUGGAAAUGUUGCAGUGGCACUGGCUGCGCGCCGACGGACGGAGAAUGCUGUACCGGGGGCUAUUAUUGUCGGGCUGGGAAGCAAUGUCGGAUUUGGAAAGGUGUUCAUGUUUGUUGUCCCUCUACUGGUUGUGUUGGUGAGUUUGAUACUGGCGAUGAUGUGGGCACUGUUGGGGGCUCUGAGGCUACGGAGACGGAGACUGAGACGGCGACUGUUACGAGUGCUUAUACGACGGCUGCGCCUACGGUUACGUAUCUUGAUUAUGAUUAUUAUUAUACGACUGUCUACUGGACGUAUUGGUUCUAUUUCUGGACUUCUAUCUCGCCUUACACUGUCCGGACGGUUACUUCGACUACCACGACUACCUAUACUAUCUGGUCGGUGUAUAUGACAGAUAGUGAUGAGGCGACUGCCUCACUGUCGUCGAGGUCUGCAAGAUAUACCUUCUCUGCACCGUAUUCGGCUACUUCUUUGAAGAGUUCGUCGGAGCCUGUCACUCUGUCAACGGCUGAUGCUACCCCGAGUGCCACGUCCAUUAGUUCAGGUGGCAAUAGUGGAUCUGGCUCGGGUGUGACAUCUGCGUUCGGUGGUUCUGCGGCUAGUGUGAGUGUUAGUGCCACUGGAGUCAUGGCUGCUGUCCUGGCUGCUGCUAUUGGCGGGUUGGCUUUUGGACUGUGA